GCGGAUGUGCUUAGCCUGAUUUGGACAAAAAGUCCCUCAACCCGGCGCGAUAAGAGGAGUCCAUCCCACCUCAGUCAACUCAAGGCGGGGCAAAGUUGCUCCCAAUGCUUGCCUUAUCGGUUGGAUACUAUUUGAAAUCGACAUAUAUGCGUUGGUGAAACCAUGAUCGAAAGCCAUUCCCAUAAGUGUCACUCACGAAUUCAAGCCUCUUUAAUACCUCAAAAGUCUGGGUCAAUUCGAGAUGAGGGAACAUAUGCAACAAUGCCAAGAAUGGGUGGCGCAUCUUGGGAGUCAACUGAAAUCGGUUGCAAUUGUCGGCCCGAAAACCAUUCUCUAUGGAAUUGCUCUACUGGCCCUAGCAUCGUGGCUCUUACUUCGAGCCUCCCAAUAUUUCAAGAAAUCUACUGAUUACCCACCCCGAACACCUGAUGUUGAGAGACGAGGCUCAUACUUCAAAGUGCCGCCGAGAGCCCCAGGAUUAUGGGAGCCCACCGACUUCAAACGGCCGACUGCUCCCCCAGCUCCGAAUUGGAGUGUUCAUACCUCGACACCAAAGCCCUACCGCCCUUUCAGACAUGGGCCUUACCACAUUACCAUGGGACUUCGGAACAUGAAUUGGGACGAAUGGAUAGAGCUUGACAGUCACUACAUGAAAUUCCACACCGACAAAGCAAACCGAAUCACGGAGCGUGGCCCGAAAUGCAGUCACACCGAACCAGCAGCAUUUGACGGGGCAGUUGAGCUACUCGAAGAAUUCUGUUCCUAUCUUCCAGAGCGGUAUCCCUCACUUUACAAGCAGACAGCCGUCGGAAUGGACAACUUGCUCACCGGUGAAGUGUUCAACAUCGUUGAGCGACCACUGAUUGAAGACCCGAUGCAGAUGGCCGGACGUAUGGUGCAGGAUGACUUGGCCAUCAUGUUUGAGAAAGAAGACGGUCAAUACUACCUUCUUGCUGGCUCGAUUUUACUCGCUGGGUUCUGGAAACUAGAAGACAAACUCGGGAUGCCGCUGAGUGAGAUUCACACCUCCGGUGAUGUGCCAGGAUUCAGAGAGAAACUUGAGAAGGGAAUGAUGAAUUUCUUCCGAAGAGUGCAGCCGAACGGGCCAGUGCAGCGCAACAACUACUUCAUCCAAGUGGAUGAUGAACUGGCGUGGUCUUCCAGCAUCGGAGAUGAAGAUGGCGCGGAAGGAACCGUCGGCUGGUUCACCGCUGAGAAAAAUAAGGCUAUCGAGCACCACUACUUCCGUUCCGAGCGUCAGACUUUACGUCGCUUGCCGCGAAGUGGCGGUGUCGUGUUUACGAUUCGCACGUACUUCCACCCGAUCACGGAGAUUUGUGAGGAGCCUUACGUUCCGGGAAGGCUGGCAAGUGCAGUCAGGAGUUGGGGCGAUGAUGUCAGCAAGUAUAAGGGGAAGGAUAGGUAUCAAGAGGUGCUGUUGGAGUAUCUGGACCAGAAACACAAGGAGCAGGUUGAGGUGGGACUACAAGUUGAGAAGGAAGACGAGGUUAGAGCGUAUCCGUUCUGAAGGGGACGCGAUUAGAGGGAAUUGAUGUCGCGUCUUGGGCGGGACAAGUUUCGGGUUGGUACAGGAUGGAAGAUAAUGCUUGGAAUGUUGUCUCUCUCCCGCCAAUUCCCGCCCUCUGAGACAACGCAGAUGCCAG